GUUGGUAAACCACCAAGUGAGAGAGAUUCCCGCCUUGAAGCCUUUUUAACAUUAGCAUCCUCAACCAAAUAUCGACGCCGACAAAUUUUCCCUCCUGCGGGAGUAUGCACCACAACAAAUGGAGACACAUUCCCAAUUUGUUGUCAACGCAUACUCGCCCCCCCGCCGUCGAUCCUAUUCAUGGUUGGAUGACGGAGGAAAAGUCUGCAGCGGUGGCGACGACAGGCUGUCGGCCCUCCCCGACUCUCUCUGCCACCAGAUCGUCUCCCUCCUCCCGGCCACCGACGCCAGGCGCACGGCCUUCCUCUCCCGCCGCUGGCGCUACAUCUGGUGCGCCUGCCCUUCCUUCAACUUCGACGAGAGGGAAUUCCACGGCCGCCCCCUCCCCCUCCUCCACCGCUACCGCAGCCGCCUCAACUUCAUCCGCUUCGUCGACGCCGCCAUCCAAUGUCGCCGGAGAUUCUUCGACGACCUCACCCUCGACAAAUUUAGGGUAUCGAUGCGCUUCUUCGAGGAGCUGGGCCCGCACCUGGACCAAUGGAUCGCCUUCGCGCUCGACAAGAAUGUGAAGGAGCUCAGCAUUAUCGCCGAGAUGAAAGAUCUCAUCGCCAUCGCCGAGUUCUUCCAGCCCUUCAGAGUGCCGUACGAGCUGCCCGGAGCCGUCUUCUCCGCCAGAUCCAUCCAAACCCUAGAGCUCGUCUUCUGCGAUCUCAGCCGGGUCUCCGCCGCCGCCGUAUCGCUGCCGCUGCUCAAAAACCUCGAGAUGGUGAACGUCCAUUUGGGCGACGACUCCGUUUUGGAAGCGAUCCUCUCCACGAGCCCCCUCCUCGAGAAGAUCAGCCUCUCCCUCGUGUGCGGCCUGAAGAGGAUGAGAAUCUCCGGCGAGAAUCUCAAAAUGGCGGUGGUCUUAAAAUGCUCACCUCUCUCACAAGUAACGGUCAGCGCGCCGAAUCUGGAGUCAUUCCUCUUCAGAGGAAAGCGGCAUAGCUUGGACAAGAUCGACGUGUCGUCUUGCCGGAAUCUCCGAUUCCUGUGGCUGCAGCGCGCGUCCAAUCUGACCGACGACGCCUUAGAGAAAGUGGUGGCCCAAAAUGGCAAUCUGGAGGUGAUGAUCUUGAGCCACUGCUCCGCCGUGAGAAACGCAUUCAUCAAGUCCCCCAAGCUAUGGAUGCUGGUCCUCUUCAAGUGCAAGCACUUGGCCAACGUCAAGAUCCAAGCGCCGUCGCUAACCGCAUUGGAGUAUUCGGGCCACAUGAUCUCGUUCCCGUCGGUGGCGGCGUCGCCCAAUCUGGACGCCGUGAUCCACAUCGAGGGGCCGGAGAUAUCGAGCCGGUGGUACGCCAAGCUCAAGGACAUGUGCGCGAAGCUGGAGAGCUGCAGGAAGCUGUGGAUAAAGUGUGAACACGACAUCGACCUGAUCAUCCCGCACGACCUGCGGAAGCGCCUGCUGCCGCAGCUCCACGGUCUGAAAGAGCUCAAGAUCCACGUGCGCAGCGGGAUUCUGAAUCUUGCCGUGCUUGAAGAUGGGAUUCGCUGGAUUUUCCCCGGCUUGAGGAAUCUCUACGUUGAAUCCGAUGGAUGCACGCACCAUUUUUGCUACGCCGGAGACCUACAUGCUGCCAAUGGGUAUGGGAGGAGGACCAAGAGGAAGUGCAUCACUCACUGCUCAUAACAUCCAUCAUUUUUUGACAUCACAAAACUUAUUUUUGCAUCUUUGGCCGUAACUCAUUUUUCUACGUCCAAAUUCACAUAUAAAUAAUCUAGUCUUGUCGAUGUUACAUUUGUGAUUAUUAAAGAGCAUCACCUUUCUUGUCUUGGUAGAAA